CUGACCGGUGACCGCAGUGAAGUCAAUCAAUCAGCUUCAGCAGCUCGAGCACGAUGGCCCUCGCGCUCGCCACGACCCCACUCACGCACCUCGCCGUUGCGCCGCUCCCGAUCUCCGGCUCCCAGUCCUCGCUGCUGCUGCUCCCGCGCCGCGCGUCGCACGCCCCCGUCUCUCUCUCCCUCCCCCUCCGGUCCCGCCUCAUCGCGGCCGUCGCGACCAAGGAGGAACCCGAGCUCGGCGGCGGCGGAUCAGGAGGCGACGACGGUGCGGGAGGGAGCGGCGGCGGCGGCGGAAGCGACCCGAAGGAAGGAGGGCAGGAAGGGGAAGGGGAGGAAGAGAAGAUGGAGCAGGGCCUGUCCUUGUCGCAGAAACUCACUCUCGCCUACGCCGCGCUCGUCGGAGCCGGUGGUGUAAUGGGAUAUAUGAAGAGUGGAAGCCAGAAAUCCUUGGCUGCAGGAGGCAUAUCAGCCCUGGUUCUGUACUUCGUCCAUACUCAACUCCCAGUGCGACCUGUCUUUGCAUCGUCGAUCGGUUUAGGUAUAGCGGCUGCGCUUCUGUCAGUGAUGGGGUCGCGCUUCAAGAAGUCCGGGAAGAUAUUCCCAGCUGGUGUCGUGUCCCUUGUAUCCCUGGUCAUGGUCGGAGGCUACUUCCACGGGAUCCUUCGUAGCUCGCACGCGUGAUGCAACCCGUUGCAGUCACACCAUCUGCGCUUCAUAUUACAAUCUUUAUCCUAUUUUCUGUUUCAUCAUGCAAUUUCACUCCCUUUUGGUGUCUUAGAAUCUCAAGGAACUGUUUUCUGUUUCAUUUCGGUGGAUGUUUUGUUAGUGUACCCAUUCUCAAGUAGUAGUUCAUCUUUUGUGAGUGGGUAAUAACCAAAUAAGCAUGUGAGCUGAUAGUGGUGAAAGACAAGCGCUGUGAAAAUCACUUAUGGAUCCAGAUUUAUACUGCACAUGUAGUUGGAUCCAAUAUCUGGAUAUGAUA